AUGGUCCUCGUCUUCGUAAUCUCUUUUGCCGUCUACCUCUACCGCCGCCCCGACUGCCUGUUUCUAGGCCCGGACGAGGAGAACCCGGGCACGAGCGAUUCUCAACGACGUGUCGUCGCGAGACUCAACGCAGAUUUCGCGAAACCCGGCCUCGAUCCGUCCUUGAUUCAAACUCUGCCAGUGAUUAUAUUCCGUCCCGAUAACGACACGCGGAAAUCGAAUCUUGCAACAACCGUCGGCGCCGCGGCGGCAUAUCCGCAGCCAGGAGGGGGUUCCAGCGGAGUCGCAGCUUCCGCGCUUCUUCCCUACGAUCGUGACACUAACGAGAGCAUCCUGAGCCUGCGCGAGUGCGCGGUGUGCCUGGGCGAGUACGCGGCGGGCGAGCGCAUCAAGGUGGUGCCGGCGUGCGCACACGGCUUCCACGCCGACUGCAUCGACCUCUGGCUCGCCGCCAAAACCACCUGCCCCAUCUGCCGCCGAGACCUCCGCAGCCCCGCCACAGCCCCCGCGCAAGAAAGCGCCUUGGGGCCGGAAACCGGCGUGCGCGUUGAGAUUUCAGUUGGCGGAGAGGGAGCGCAAUCAGCAAGAAGAGCAAGGGGAGUAGCGGGAGCGGAGGCAGCGGCUGAGCAGCAAAGACUGGAAUUCGCGGCGGCAACAGAAGCAACUCAGCAAGCUGACGCGGUGAUUGUGCGGAUAGAGGCUGAUCCACGUGACGAUGCGGUGAUGAGCGUGCCCAUAGCGGCUGGAGCGUAA